AUGUAUCAACGAGAUCCCCGCGCUGGUGCGUUUCUCGGAGGCGAUCGUGUCUCCGGACAAGACAUUCGCGACCAAAAUGUUCUGGCUGCCCAAUCGAUCGCGAACAUCGUCAAGAGCUCGUUAGGCCCUCUUGGCCUCGAUAAAAUGAUGGUGGACAACAUCGGAGAAGUGACGAUCUCGAACGACGGCGCGACCAUCCUCUCUCUUCUGUCAGUGGAGCACCCCGCAGGUAAAAUAUUCGUCGAUCUCGCGCAAAAGCAGGACAAGGAAGUGGGCGAUGGCACGACAUCCGUGGUCAUUAUCGCUGCGGAGCUCCUGCGACGCGCCAACGAGCUCGUCAAGGCGAAGAUCCACCCCACAACGAUCAUCACUGGGUACAGGCUGGCAUGCAGGGAGGCGGUAAAGUUUAUGCAGGAUCAGCUGAGCAUCAAGGUUGAUGCGCUCGGGAGAGACGCGUUGAUCAAUGUGGCGAAGACGACGAUGUCGAGUAAAAUCAUUGGAAAUGAUGAUGACCUCUUUGCGCCUAUGGCAGUCGAUGCCAUGCAGGCUGUGAAGUCUAUCAAUUUGCGAGGAGAUAUCAAGUACCCUGUGAAGGCCGUCAAUGUGCUAAAAGCCCACGGAAGGAGCGCUCGUGAUUCUAUAUUCGUGAAGGGAUACGCUUUGAAUUGCACGGUCGCUAGCCAAGCCAUGAAAAAGCGUAUUACAAACGCCAAAAUUGCUUGCUUAGAUAUCAAUUUGCAAAAAGCGCGUAUGCAGCUCGGCGUGCAGAUUCUAGUAGAUGAUCCUAACCAAUUGGAGGAGAUUCGCAAGAGGGAAGCCGAGAUCACCCUGGAAAGAAUACGGAAGAUUCUUGCUGCUGGAGCCAAUGUCGUUCUCACCACGAAAGGUAUUGAUGACCUCUGCUUGAAGGAGUUCGUCGAGGCAGGCGCUAUGGCCGUCCGUCGGUGUAGGAAGGAGGACCUCCGUCGCAUUGCGAAGGCAACAGGAGGCCAACUUGUAUCCAGUCUUGCCAAUCUCGAAGGAGAGGAGACCUUCGAGGCCAGUUAUCUUGGGACAGCCGAAGAAGUCAUUCAAGAGCGCAUUUCGGACGACGAACUGAUUCUCAUCAAGGGCACCAAGGUUGUGAACUCAGCUUCGAUCAUCCUUCGAGGGGCCAACGAUUAUAUGCUGGACGAGAUGGAACGGGCGCUGCACGAUACGUUGUCCAUUAUCAAGCGCACAUUGGAAAGUGGUGCUGUCGUGCCUGGAGGAGGCGCCGUGGAAUCUGCAUUGAGCAUAUAUCUCGAGAACUUUGCCACAACCUUGGGCUCAAGAGAGCAACUCGCUAUCGCAGAAUUCGCUGCUGCGCUCCUCUCGAUUCCCAAAACCCUCGCCGUGAACGCCGCCAAAGAUUCAACUGAACUGGUGGCCAAAUUACGCUCCUAUCACAACGCAGCACAAAAUGCACCAGCAGGUGACCCGAAGAAGGUCCUCCUGCGCUAUGGGCUUGACUUGUUAAAUGGAGAAGUGCGGGACAAUGUGGCUGCUGGUGUUCUUGAACCCACAAUGAGCAAGGUGAAAAGCUUGAAAUCCGCAUACGAAGCUGCCGUCUCCCUCCUGCGCAUCGAUGAUGCGAUUCAGUGUGUUCCGGAGCAAAAAGGAGAGCCCGACCCUCACGGGCAUUAA